ACGUUCGACAAUGGAGAGUCGACGGAUGGCAAUCGUUUCCCGAUCAGCCUAGCUCGAUGCUCUCGUCCUAGAAUAUAGUCGCGACUUCUCAAGCUCUUGCCGGGACUCUGUUUCGGGUACCCAAUUGCAGCAGCCAGCCGGAAAGAUGUCCCCCAUUCAUGGUAGGCAACGCAUCAAUGCGUUCAAUGUAUUUAUCCUCAUCUUUGUUGGCCUUGGCUCUAUGAGCUACGGAUACACAGCUUCCAUCAUCGGAACUACUCUAGGGCAGCCCUCAUUCAUCGCGUACUUCGACCUUGAUACCCGCAGCAAUGCCACCGACUUGAUAUCAACUACUAACGGCAUCUUCCAAACAGGCGGCGUCAUCGGCACGCUGCUACUUCCCAUCAUCUCCGACAAAUAUGGGCGCAAGUGGGGAAUCGCCAUUAGUGCUAUAUUAGCAAUCAUAUCAGGUGCAGUGCUUGCUGGAAGCACGCAUAUCGGGGAGUUCAUCGCGUUUCGAUUCAUUGCAGGCGCAAGCGCCUUCAUGGUGCUCGCAGCUGUUCCUAUAUGGAUGAACGAAGUCGUGCCUGUUAAGAUGCGCGCAGGCCUUGUUGAUAUACAUGCCGUAUGCCUCAUCUUUGGAUACACGGUCCAAGGCUGGGUUGGGUUUGGCUUCUACUUCUGGAAUGACGGUGGCCGGAAUACUUGGCGACCACCGCUGGCGCUCCAAUGUGCCUGGCCGCUUAUGCUCCUCGCUGGCCUCUACUGGAUCCCGGAGUCACCUCGCUGGCUCAUCAUGAAAGACAGGAUCGACGAAGCCAGAACGAUUCUGGACCGCUUGCACUCCGAUCCCAGUGACCCCAACAACGAGUAUGCCCGCUCCGAAUUCUACCAAAUCGAGAAACAGAUUGCAAUAGACAAGACGCUCGACAGCUCCUGGAUCGCGAUGUUCAAGAAACCGAGUUAUAGAAAGCGGUGUUUCCUCGCCAUGGGCACUACAUUCUUCAUCCAAUGUUCCGGCGUGCUUGUCAUCAACAACUACGGACCAACACUGUACAAAAACCUAGGCUUCUCGCCCGUCAAGCAGCUUCUCUACCCAGCUGCAUGGCUAACACUGACCCUCGGCAUCAACACCAUGGCUAUUCCACUCGUCGAUCUCUUCCCCCGCAACAAAUACAUCGGCACCGGUAUCCUUGGGUGCAUGCUUACCCUCAUCGUCGAAGCCGCUCUUGUCGCCAACUUCGUCCCUUCCAACAACAGCGCGGCCCUGCAAGCUGCCGUCGCCAUGUUCUUCAUCUUCCAGAUCCCCUACGACUUCUGUCUCGACGGCACGCAGUUCGCGUACCUCGGCGAGCUCUUCCCCACGCACCUCCGCGCAAAGGGCGUCUCGCUCGGCGUCGCCAUGAUCUCGUUUACCAACAUUAUUUGGCUGCAAGCUGCACCUACGGCGUUUAUUACUAUUGGUUGGAAGUUUUAUCUAGUCUUUAUUAUCCCGGGGACGAUUGGUGGGUUGAUUGUUUUCUUGUGGUUCCCGGAUACGAACGGGUUACCGUUGGAGGAGAUCGCGGCGCUUUUUGGGGACGAGGAUGAGGUUGCCGUGUAUCAAGCGGAGAUCAAUGUUCAAGGGGGGGUUAUUACGGAUCUGCAUGCUGAGGCGAAGGAGAAGCAAGAGGUGCAUAUGGAGGAUAUUAGGAGUGGGGAUGCCGCAAAGACGGCUUGAAGGUACUAUUUCGCGAGUGAGUAGAGGGGAGAAGACCAUGGCAUCCUUUCGUUACCUUCUCCCGAGGUCACUUAGGUCUUUCGUCACCGCAUAAGCAUUG